AAUUGAUCACGAAAAGUGAAAAUAUCCAUAACUGUUAUACAAUUACUGUAUGUUAUAUCAUAAUUGAUUAGCAGUUUCGAAAUCGAUAAACGCCACCUGUCGGUAGCGGAGACGAGAAAUCGGACCCGGCGGAAGGGAGACUAUAGGAAAUAAUGGAAACAAAAAUAGAAGGAUUGCCGUUCCAUAACAAAGAUAUCCUGCCAAAAUAUCGAAGAGAUCGAAGUCUGUUUUUAUUGAUGACUGUUGGUAUUCCUUUUGCCGCUUUCUGGUUGCUUUUUGUGAUUAUUCCUUUCUAUCAUCAGCACGUCGAUGGAAUCGUUGUCAUUCAUAUUUGUUUUGCAUUCUUUAUACUAUACAACAUUUUUGGAAAUAUGUUUUUUUUAAAACGUGUCGACGCAUCGGGAAAACAGAGCAAUCUUCCCGCCGUAUUAAAACCCAACUGGACUUACUGUCACUUGUGCCAACUGAAUUCUCCUCCCCGUUCUUAUCACUGUCCCGUGUGUGAUGAAUGUAUUUUGAAGAGAGAUCAUCAUUGCAUGUUUUCUGGUUGCUGUAUCGGUUACCAUAAUCAUCGAUAUUAUCUGGUCUUAGUUUUUUAUAUUUGGAUAGGAGCCAUUUAUGGAGUCAUUUUAGAGUGGGACUACAGUUUUCAACAUUUGGGUGGUUUUGGCCUUAAAUCUAUUUUAUCAUUGAUUGCACCUCACUUUGCUUGGGUACUAGGUUAUGUAUCAGCUUAUGGCUUCUUAGUUGCAACUCUUCACACUAUGGGUCUAAUUGUUUUAACACUAACAACAUAUCUUCUUGUAAUGCAAUCAGUUUGCAUUUAUAGAGGUCAAACUUUGCAUGAACGUAAAUAUAAUAUUUUCAGUUAUAAUUUAGGAUGGAAAAGAAAUUUUAAAAAUAUUUUUGGCACACGGUGGUAUUUAGUGUGGCUAUCAGCAUGGUUAAAAUCACCUCUUAGUGGAGAUGGAUUAAGUUUUCAAAGGUUAGAAGAUAUAGAAGAAAUUAAAGACAUUUGAUAAGUUUUUUUUUAGCUUUUAUUACAAUUUUUUAAUUAAUUGUACAAGCCAAACAUUGCUAGAUAAUUUAUCAUAAUUUUGAAAACUAU